AGUCGCAGUGCCAAUCUUUCGCAAUAGUUCCUGUACUUGAGGGAACUGAGAUAAAAGCAUUUUCUUUGGAACCUUUCUGCUGCAGCCUUUUUUCUCAUUUUCGUGCGCCGUACGUUUCGGUGCACCGUUCGCUUCGGAUUCGCCCAUGCAUCCGAACCUUUUCCGCACAGCCGUGCUGAACUCCUCAGAGCGGCUGCCUCUCACCGAGCUCGGCCAGGAAGCAGCAACAGCCUUGAAAGCUGCAGCACAAAGUGUUUGCGUCUUUGAGAGCACCACAGCUGGCCUGGUCCAAGCAGCUCUUCAAGCUGCUCCUGGAGCCUCUGCCUUUACUACUUGUGGUGCUGUUACUUAUAGCAAGCAAAAGGCUUGGGCGGUCUUAGGGCCCGAAACGCUUUCGGCGCCAAGACCAGCCAACGGCGAAGCCUACAAGGAGUCCAAGAGGACCUGGACACAAACCAUUGCAAAGCUCAAACGCCGAGAGGUAGGUGCCACGUGGUGUCUUUGCGAGAGCGGCGCAUGUGGACCUAGCUUCACUUUCCCGGAGAUCUCCAAGGGAUUCACGGCGAUUUUUGUGUCCGGGCCAGUGGAGCGCGGAGUAUUUGUGGAGUCCAGCCACAAUGAUCGAGAAGCCAACAUGUGGGGCUUUGCCAAAUUGGCUCUCGAUUUGCUCGCAGAAUGUGUCAAUGAGGCCAAAGGACAAGAAACCUGCCAGGAGCCGGAAGACCGCCUACUAGUCGCCAGAGAGGAUCGUUAUGGUGGAGUGGAGCUCCUUGCCCGCCCAGGGCCAGUUGGAAUUUUUGAUGCUGAACUGCGGCAAGGUAUCAAGGAGUGGAAGGAGGCAGGAAAGAGGGGCCUUUGGCUAAAGAUUCCCACUGAGGCAGCAGCUUGUGUGGGUCCGGCCGUGGCACAGGGCUUCCGCUUUCACCAUGCCCGAGAGGAAUAUGCGAUGCUCACACAGUGGCUGGAGAGUUCACCAAGCCCUUUGCCCAAGUAUGGGUUUACUCAGGUCGGGGUUGGAGGUGUUGUGUUGAACAGCCAAGGUGAAGUGUUAAUGGUCCAAGAGAAGGUCUCACCACUGCCUCAAUUUCAAGGUAGCUGGAAGUUGCCAGGUGGUUUGGCCGACCCAGGCGAGGAUUUUGCAGAGACGGUUCUGCGAGAGGUGCAAGAGGAAACUGGGAUCACUGGAGAUCUUGUGGGUUUGGUGAGCCUACGACACUCCCACGGCUACCGCUUCGGACAAGACGAUCUCUACGUCCUUGUAAAGCUCAAAGCCAAGAAUGAGUCCAUUCGCAUCGACCCAGCAGAGUUGAGCGAUGCCAGAUGGAUGAGCGAAGAAGAAAUCAAGACACUGGUGGCUGACUCUACGGAUGCCUCCCGCAGCUUGGAUGGCAAGGUUUCUGAGAACAACUGGAAAGUUAUUCAGAACGCUCUUCAUGGGUCAUUGAUUGAAGGCAGCCCCUUACCCAAUUCACGGGGUGGAAAGAUGUCGAUGCUUUACACUGCCAGAUGAUGAGAA